CGGAGGUGGGGCGGCGCCGCGGGCCCGGAGGCGCGGGCUUCAUCUGGGAGCGCGCGGCCUGCGCCCGGGUGUUGGGGACUCGGAGCGGCGGGGCCACCAUGAGCGGGAGCUGGGGCUUCCUGAUCGGCCUCCUGAGCGCAGUGUGGCUGCUGUGCUCCGGCCGCGGGGACCAGCAGCCUCCGGAGACGGCGGCGCAGCGCUGCUUCUGCCAGGUUAGUGGUUACUUGGAUGAUUGUACCUGUGACGUUGAAACCAUCGAUAGAUUUAAUAACUACAAACUUUUCCCAAGACUACAAAAACUUCUUGAAAGUGACUACUUUAGAUAUUACAAGGUAAACCUGAAGAGGCCAUGUCCUUUCUGGAAUGAUAUCAACCAGUGUGGAAGAAGGGACUGUGCGGUCAAGCCUUGUCAAUCUGAUGAGGUUCCUGAUGGAAUUAAAUCUGCAAGCUAUAAGUACUCGGAAGAAGCCAAUCUCCUUGAAGAAUGUGAGCAAGCUGAGCGACUUGGGGCAGUGGAUGAAUCACUGAGUGAGGAAACACAGAAGGCUGUUCUUCAGUGGACCAAGCACGAUGACUCUUCAGACAACUUUUGUGAGGCUGAUGACAUACAAUCCCCUGAUGCUGAAUAUGUAGAUUUGCUCCUCAAUCCUGAACGCUACACGGGUUACAAGGGACCAGAUGCUUGGAAGAUAUGGAAUGUCAUCUAUGAAGAAAAUUGUUUUAAGCCACAGACAAUUAAAAGGCCCUUAAACCCUUUGGCUGCCAGUCAAGGAAAAAGUAAAGAGAAUACUUUUUACAGCUGGUUAGAAGGCCUCUGUGUAGAAAAAAGAGCAUUCUACAGACUCAUUUCUGGCCUACAUGCAAGCAUCAAUGUGCAUUUGAGUGCAAGAUAUCUCUUACAAGAAACGUGGUUGGAGAAGAAAUGGGGUCACAACAUUACAGAAUUCCAACAACGGUUUGAUGGCAUUUUAACAGAAGGAGAAGGCCCAAGAAGGCUUAAAAACUUGUAUUUUCUCUACUUAAUAGAAUUAAGGGCUUUAUCCAAAGUGUUACCAUUCUUUGAACGUCCAGAUUUUCAACUCUUCACUGGAAAUAAAAUUCAGGAUGCAGAAAACAAGAUGUUGCUUCUGGAAAUACUUCAUGAAGUCAAGUCAUUUCCUUUGCAUUUUGAUGAGAAUUCAUUUUUUGCUGGGGAUAAAAAAGAAGCACAUAAACUGAAGGAAGACUUUCGACUACAUUUUAGGAACAUUUCUAGAAUCAUGGAUUGUGUUGGUUGUCUUAAAUGUCGGCUGUGGGGAAAGCUGCAGACUCAAGGUUUGGGCACUGCUCUGAAGAUCUUGUUUUCUGAGAAACUGAUAGCAAAUAUGCCGGAAAGUGGACCCAGUUAUGAAUUCCACCUCACCAGACAAGAAAUAGUUUCACUACUGAAUGCAUUUGGAAGAAUUUCUACAAGUGUGAAAGAAUUAGAAAACUUCAGGAACUUGUUACAAAAUAUUCAUUAAGGAAAACAAGUUGAAAUAUACCUAUUUCGGACAAUGGAGGCCAAAGAGUGGAAUUUCAUUCAAAGGCAUGAAAGCAGUGACAGUCCUAAGCCAAACAUUUUAUAUAAAGCUCUUUUUGUAAAAGGAGAAUUGUUUUAAGUAAACUGUUUUUU